AUGAGUUUUGAUUUGGAUGUUACCGUUGGUGUGAUAUGCAUUAAUUUUCGCCUCCUGAAUGGCUUGGAGCGCGUUGCCGAGGAGCUCUGCGUUUGGUUUUUUCUAAUCAUGGGUUGGUACAGAAGGGGAGCUCUUGAUCACGUUCGCAUCUUGGCCUCAAGAUUUAUGCCUCAAAAUUCAAAUUUUCGGCAUAGUUUAAGGAGUUGCCAGUCUUGGUUUUUGGUUUCAGGUUCAAAAGGAGCUAGCUUUAAUGGGUUCUCUUCAUGGUGUUCAAUUUCUCAGAGACUAGGGACACGAGGUGUUGUCGGAGCCAAGCGAACCCAUUUAAUUCUGUUGUCAAAAACCAUGGAGAGGAGGAUUGGGGAGAACGAGUUUGAGAAAACAAAAGCCACUUUUAAAGGGAAGAUGUUGCCUCCUUUACAUCCUGAAAGUGUGAGGGUGACAAUGAUAGCUAAGGAAAUAAUUGAUGCAUUGCAGAGAGGGUUGAGGAAGAAUCUGGUGUUGAAUGAUUUGGGUUCUGCAUCAGAGCAGACUAUGCUGGUUGAAGGAGGAGAUGGAAGGGAGACAUUCAGUGCAUUUGUUGGGAGUGUAGAGAAGGUCGGAAGGAGUUGGCACGAGGAGGAUAAGAUUCUUGAUGAUAAACAAACCCCGAAAAAUGCUCAGGAAAGAGGGUCACCAACUGGUCCAUCACAUUUGGAUGGAUUGAAUUGGGAAAUUUUGGUGGUAAAUGAGCCAGUUGUUAAUGCCUUCUGCUUACCUGGUGGGAAAAUAGUUCUGUUCAGUGGUUUGUUUGAGCAUUUUAAAAGUGAUGCAGAGAUAGCAACUAUUAUUGCGCACGAGGUUGGGCAUGCUGUGGGAAGACACAGUGCCGAAGGGAUUACAAAGAACCUGUGUUUUGGUGUUCUGCAAUUGAUGCUUUAUCAGCUUGUCAUACCUGAUAUUGUCAACAUAUUGUCAUCCCUUUUCUUGCACCUACCUUUCACCCGGCGGAUGGAGACAGAAGCUGAUUACAUCGGGUUGCUGCUAAUGGCAUCAGCAGGCUAUGAUCCUCGGGUGGCACCUAGAGUGUAUGAAAAGUUGGGACAAAUUGCUGGUGAUUCUACCCUUAUGGAUUAUCUCUCUACCCACCCUUCUGGUAUACAAAGAGCGGAAUUGCUGGCCCAAGCUAAGAUAAUGGAGGAAGCAUUUAAUAUAUAUAGAGAUGUGAGAAAAGGACAUAAGGUUGUAGCUUUUCUUUAG